AUGGCGGACAACGCUGAGAACGGAAGUGGAAACGCUGGCUCCGAUGCCGCCGCCCCCGCCGUCGAGCACCUUAACAUCAAGGUGACGGACAACAACAACGAGGUCUUUUUCAAGAUCAAGCGCAGCACCAAGCUCGAGAAGCUCAUGACGGCGUUCUGCGAGCGCCAGGGCAAGACGCUGGCUUCGGUUAGGUUCCUCUUCGAGGGUCAGCGCGUACAGCCCACGGACACCCCGGACACUCUCGAGAUGCAGGACGGUGAUUGCCUGGAAGUCCACCAAGAGCAGGUCGGCGGCUGGUAG